AUGGACUUAGGGGCAGCAGUGAAAUCUCUAAGACUUAUGUUGAUGUUUUUGAUGGACCAGAUGAGGAAGAUAAGGUUGAAAAGAGAGGUACCGUUCAUCACCACUGCUGUGGUGACUGCAGUGGCAGUGACCACAGUGGCAGUGGUGGCACCGACUGUGGUGGUGACUGUGGCAAUAGCUACUGUGGCAGUGGCGACCACUGUGGUGGCAACUGUGGCAGAGAUGACUGGUGGCAGUGACUGCAGUGGCAACUGUGGCGCCGGCUGCAGCACAGACCGCGGUGGCGACUGUGGUGCCGACUGUGGUCUUGGUGGCGAGACAGAUGGAGAAGGAGUUUCAAGCUCAGGGGCAGUGGGGAGGGAGCUUGAUUUGCUGAGGCAAACUGCAAAUCUGCAAACCUCAGCCUCAGCAAAGGCUGAGGAGCACUUGGCCUUUGCUGUUGUUAGGGCCCUUGGUACUGGGUCCCCCAAAACAAGGACGCCAGCCGCGCCCUUGUAUCCCAUAUUGCCCGAUAGUCAGGACCGACUAUCCCUAGACCCUCCACCCUAUCAUCCCCCUCCCCUCGCACCCCAGGCCCUACCUGCAGCAGCCGCCCCACCAGUCACCCCGCUAGUUGCCCCCCUAGGGGAACCGGGAGGAUGGGAGGAAGCAGCUGCGCCGGGCCCCAUUGAAAACGAAACCAACCGCGAGGGGCCAGCCGGCCGAACACGCGGGCGCACCCAGCGUGAGCCAAACCCUCGCCUCCCUGACUCCACUGUGGCCCUACCCCUGCGGGAAAUAGGACCCCCCGAUGAAACAGGCAACCCCCGACUCCAGUAUUGGCCCUUCUCCACCAGUGACCUUUACAACUGGAAAACACAGAACGCUCGAUUCUCUGAUAACCCUAAAGACCUAAUAGCUCCUUUAGACAGUGUCAUGUUCACCCACCAGCCCACCUGGGACAACUGUCAGCAGCUCCUCCGCAUCCUGUUCACUACAGAGGAGGGAGAGAGGAUUCAAUUAGAAGCAAGAAAGCUGGUUCCCGGAGACGACGGUCAGCCGACAUCUAGCCCUGACCUCAUUAAUGCGGCUUUCCCCCUAACCAGACCUCCACAGGACGAAUGGGACUACAACACGGCAGAAGCUGCCGAGACACCCGAAGCCUGCAUCCAGGGAACCGAAGUUCUCCUGCGAACUCUGGGAACCUUAGGCUACCGCGCCUCAGCAAAGAAGGCUCAGAUCUGCAAGUCAGAGGGACUGCUGUUGAACCCCCUCAGGGUCAUCUUCACCCCCCCAACGGCCCUGAACCCAGCAUCACUGCUGCCAGACCCAGACAUGGGAACCCCACUUCAUGACUGUGCCGACAUACUGGCUCAAGUUUAUGGGGUCCGGGAGGACUUGCAGGAUCAGCCAUUAUCGGACGCAGACGCCAUCUGGUUUACCAACGGAAGCAGCUUCGUUCACCAAGGACAAAGGUAUGCGGGGGCGGCCGUGACUUCAGAGACCGAGGUGGUGUGGGCAGAAGCCCUACCCCCCCGAACCUCGGCCCAGAAGGCUGAACUAAUAGCCUUAACCCAGGCCCUAAAAUUAGGGAGAGACCGCAAGCUAACCGUGUACACUGAUAGCCGAUAUGCCUUCGCCACCGCUCAUGUACAUGGGGCGAUAUACAGAGAACGGGGGCUCCUCACAGCUGAAGGGAAAGACAUCAAAAAUAAAGAAGAGAUUCUAGCCCUGCUAGCAGCCUUAUGGGAACCCAAAAAGCUAGCGAUUGUGCAUUGCCCAGGACACCAGAAGACAACCGACCCAGUUUCCCGGGGCAACAAUUUGGCCGAUCAGACUGCAAAAAACAUAGCUCGGCCCCCAGCACAAUUAUUGACCCUACAGCUGCCAGACUCCGGACCCCGGGAAUUGCCCCCCAGCCCUGAGUAUUCAGAAAGCGACAUUCAAUGGAUGAGUAAACUUCCUAUGACCCGAAUCAAAGAUGGCUGGUGGAGAGACUCCAAAAGCAGCAUUAUACUCCCAGAUAAACUAGGAUGGCAAGUUCUAGAGCGGAUCCAUCGCAGCACCCACUUAGGUUCCUGGCGAACGUUGGACUUACUCAACAAUGCGAGUAGCAAUCCUCAGACAACAGGGGUAAGACAAAGAGGGAGCAGACCGGGGACCUAUUGGGAAGUAGAUUUCACUGAGGUAAAACCAGGAAAAUAUGGAUAUAAGUAUUUGCUAGUUUUUGUAGAUACCUUUUCAGGAUGGACUGAAGCCUUUCCAACCAAGAAUGAAACGGUGCAGAUUGUAGCCAAAAAGAUCCUAGAAGAAAUCCUGCCCAGGUAUGGUUUUCCAGUAAUGAUAGGGUCAGACAAUGGACCGGCAUUCGUCUCUAAGGUAAGUCAGGGACUGGCUUCCAUACUUGGGGCUGAUUGGAAAUUACAUUGUGCAUACCGACCCCAAAGCUCAGGACAGGUAGAGAGAAUGAACAGAACAUUAAAGGAGACCCUAACCAAAUUGACCAUGGAGACUGGCGCUAACUGGGUGGUCCUUCUCCCCUACGCUCUGUUCAGGGUGCGUAAUUCCCCAUACAAACUGGGACUCACACCCUAUGAAAUAAUACAUGGUAGACCACCCCCCAUCAUCCCUAACCUAAAAGAUAACCUUGUCAAAGCUGAGAACGAUAAUAGUCUUGAAUUCUUGUUCUCCCUACAAGCCUUGCAGAGGGUCCCUGAAGAUGCAUGGCCCAAAUUAAAGGAACUCUAUGAGACUGGACCCCCGCCGAUUCCACAUCAAUUCCAGCCAGGGGAUUGGGUCCUCAUCAAACGUCAUCGGCAGGGAACUCUGGAGCCCAGGUGGAAAGGACCCUUCCAGGUCAUCCUGACAACGCCUACUGCCAUCAAAGUAGAUGGAAUCGCCACCUGGAUCCAUUUCGCCCAUGCCAAACCAGUGGACCCGUUCUCAGACCUCAUCGGACCUUCAAAGACAACCUGGACUGUUGAUCGGACUAAGGACAAUCCUUUAAAAUUGACCCUACGCCGCCAACGGACUGAGCCGUAACUAUGGUACUUGCCCUCCUCUUGAUCGUUCUGCAAAUUCUGUCUGUAAAUCCA